AUGGGAUUCGAACCACUGGUCGAUGAACCCUGUAUCCUAAUCCACAAAGAGCGACAGAUAUGGCUACUUCUCUAUGUCGAUGACACGCUGAUCGCAGUAAGAGAAGAGGAGCAAGUCCAAUGGUUUAAACAGACUAUUCCAUUCAAAUACAGAGAUCUCGGCAAGCCAAGCAGGUUCCUGGGAAGCAGUCUAUCACGGAACAAAAAUGGCAUUUUCCUUUACCAGAAGGCAUAUGCAGAGGAGAUAAUCGUGAAGGCAGGCCUACAGGAAGCGACGAAGGUCUAUCUACCAAUGAAAACCUCAUACAAAUCACCGGAAAUAACCAGGAAUCCCGCCGAAAAAGACGUUCGAGAGUCGGAGGAAUUACUGACCGAUAAAUCAUCUCUUACGCCUGGUGAAACAAAGGCGUACGUGGAGGAUAUCGGAAAGUUAGGCUGGCUAACCGACAAGUCACGCCCUGAUAUUGCAGUGGCAGUCAACAAACUCCAACGAAGAGCGUCUGCACCAAGAAAAGAGGAUCAAGAAGCAUUAAAACAACUCAAUCGCUAUGUGAAAGGCACAAUUGAUCUCGGGAUACUCCUCGGAAAGGAUGACACAAACCUUAUUGGCUUCGUUAACGCCUCAUAUCAAGACUGUGAGGACGGGAAAAGCACGGAAGGAUUUAUCUUUUUCUACGCAGGAGGCCCAAUCAGUUGGUCAUCGCGAAAGGAGGAUAUCGUGGCAGGAAGCAGCUCCACAGCAGAGUAUAUCGCCUUUAACGCAGCAAUCAGGGAGUGCUACUGGCUACUCAAAAUACUCGAGCAAUUAGGAGAGAAAUAA